GCGGAGCGGAGGCGCGGAGCCCCCUGCCCGCAGCCCCUGCCCGCCCUCGCCUGGCCGGGCGUGGGGAGCCUCCGCGCACCUGAAGAGAGAGGAGGGGUGGGAGAGGGGAGGGGGACACCCCCCCACACACACACACACACACCCCGCACACACCCAAAAAAAAAAAAAGAAAAGGUGAAUUCUCCGGCUUGAGCUCGACUCCGGAGGGACCGGGAGGAGAUUUGCAUCCCUUCCCCUUCCACCGGCCGGAGGGGAGAGGCGCGGGAGUUGCGGGGACAGCAUGGGCGGAGGGGCCGCAAGGAGCGGCUGCCCCCUGCGCCUGAAUCGGCGGCUGCUGCUGCUGCUGCUGGGGCUCUGCAGCUGGACGGCCGCCCUGCGAGGAAAUGAUAACAGUGAAUCCCUUCCAGAGUCUAUCCCAUCUGCUCCUGGAACACUGCCUCAUUUUAUGGAGGAACCAGAUGAUGCCUACAUUAUAAAAAGCAACCCCAUUGUCUUACGCUGUAAAGCUAUGCCAGCGAUGCAGAUUUUCUUCAAGUGCAAUGGUGAAUGGGUCCAUCAGAACGAGCACGUGUCUGAGGAAAGCAUGGAUGAGACUACAGGAUUGAAAGUCCGAGAGGUGUUCAUCAAUGUGACGAGACAGCAGGUGGAAGAUUUUCACGGGCCGGAAGAUUACUGGUGCCAGUGUGUUGCAUGGAGCCAUCUAGGGACCUCAAAGAGUAGGAAGGCGUCUGUCCGCAUAGCUUAUUUACGGAAAAACUUUGAGCAAGACCCCCAAGGGAAGGAGGUUCCUAUCGAAGGGAUGAUCGUUCUCCACUGUCGGCCACCUGAGGGAGUCCCUGCGGCUGAGGUGGAAUGGCUAAAGAACGAGGAGCCCAUAGAUUCCAACCUGGAUGAGAACAUCGACACCAGAGCGGACCACAACCUCAUCAUUCGGCAGGCACGUCUGUCUGACUCUGGGAACUACACCUGCAUGGCUGCCAACAUCGUUGCCAAGCGGAGGAGCAUGUCUGCGACAGUUGUGGUCUAUGUUAAUGGAGGCUGGUCGUCAUGGACUGAGUGGUCAAACUGCAAUGCACAGUGUGGUCGGGGCUGGCAGAAGCGAUCACGGACCUGUACCAACCCUGCUCCGCUCAACGGAGGUGCAUUUUGCGAAGGAAUGUCAGUGCAGAAAAUUACCUGCACUUCUCUUUGCCCUGUGGAUGGAAACUGGGAGGUGUGGAGCGAGUGGUCUGUGUGCAGUCCGGAAUGCGAGCAUCUGAGAGUUCGGGAAUGUAUCGCGCCACCUCCAAGAAACGGAGGGAAGUACUGCGAGGGCUUGAGCCAAGAGUCAGAGAACUGCACGGAAGGGCUUUGCAUUCAAGAUAAAAAACCUCUUCAUGAAAUAAAAUCCCAAAAUAUUGAGACUGCCAGUGACAUUGCCUUGUACUCUGGCCUGGGAGCAGCAGUCAUUGCUGUAGCUGUGCUGGUGGUUGGCGUUACCCUUUACAGACGGAGUCAGAGUGAGUACGGCGUGGAUGUGAUUGAUUCAUCUGCACUGACAGGAGGCUUCCAGACAUUUAAUUUUAAAACAGUCAGACAAGGUAACUCCCUGCUUUUGAACUCCUCCAUGCAGCCUGACCUGACAGUGAGCAGAACGUACAGUGGACCGAUCUGCCUGCAGGAUCCCAUGGACAAGGAGCUAAUGACAGAGUCUUCGCUGUUCAACCCGCUGUCGGACAUCAAAGUCAAAGUUCAGAGUUCGUUCAUGGUGUCCCUAGGGGUGACAGAGAGGGCCGAGUAUCACGGAAAGGCGCAUUCUGGAACUUUUCCUCAUGGGAAUAAUAGAGCUUUUGGUACAAUCCAGGCUAGAAACAAGGCUACGUACAUUCAGAACCUGUCUUCUCUUUCAACAAGGAGCGAGCUGAAGACAACUGCCAUUUUUGGACACCUGGGUGGCCGUUUAGUGGUUCCAAACACGGGAGUCAGUUUGUUGGUACCACAUGGAGCUAUUCCUGAAGAGAGUUCGUGGGAAAUCUAUCUUGCCAUCACUCAAAAGGAGUCCAGCCUACAGCCCGAAGGCACGGAUGUUCUUCUAGGACCAGAAGUAACUUGUGGGCCCUCAGAUUUGUCUGUCAGCACUCCGUUUGCCUUGACGAUACCACACUGCGCAGAAGUAAAUUCAGAGCACUGGAACAUUCACUUGAAAAAAAGGACACCGCAAGGAAAAUGGGAGGAAGUGAUGUCUGUGGAAGAGGAAACUACUUCUUGCUACUGCCUGUUGGAUCCUUAUGCCUGUCACAUUCUCUUAAACAGCUUUGGAACUUAUGCUCUUAUUGGAGAACCGAUCUCUGACUGUGCCGUUCGACAGCUGAAAGUAGCGGUUUUUGGCUGCCUGUCUUGCAAUUCUCUGGAUUACAAUCUGAGAGUAUAUUGUAUGGAUAACACGCCUUGUGCAUUUCAGGAAGUGGUUUCAGAUGAAAGACUCCAAGGAGGACAAUUACUGGAGGAACCAAAACUUUUGCAUUUCAAAGGGAAUACCUUCAGUCUUCAGAUAUCCGUGCUUGAUAUCCCUCCUUUCCUUUGGAGAAUUAAACCAUUUACUGCCUGUCAGGAAGUCCCGUUCUCCCGCGUGUGGUGCAGCAGCCAGCAGCCGCUGCACUGUGCCUUUUCCCUGGAGCGCUACACUCCCGCAACCACGCAGCUCUCCUGCAAGAUCUGCGUCCGCCAAGUCAAGGGUCACGAGCAAAUCCUACAGAUCCAGACGUCCAUUCUAGAGAAUGAAAGGGAAACCGUCGCUUUCUUUGCACACGAAGACAGCAACUUCCCUGCACAGAUGGGUCCAAAAGCCUUCAAAAUCCCCUACUCCAUUCGACAGCGAAUCUGUGCAACGUUUGACACGCCCAAUGCCAAAGGCAAAGACUGGCAGAUGUUAGCACAAAAAAACAGCAUUAACAGGAACCUCUCCUAUUUUGCUACGCAAAGCAGUCCCUCCGCCGUCAUUCUGGACCUCUGGGAAGCCCGACAUCAGCACGAUGGCGACCUCGACUCCCUGGCCUGUGCCCUGGAAGAAAUAGGAAGGACACACUCCAAAAUCUCAGACAUAACGGAAACUGAGAUUGAAGAGCCUGACUUCAACUACAGCAGACAAAACGGACUUUAGUCACCUUUUUCCAUUCAAGAGCUGAUGGCCAGCUUUGACUGUCACACUAGAGAAUCUCUUUGGCAGGGAGGAAAUAAGGGUUUCUGCACACUGUGUAUGGAAAGAAACACGCAUUUCCACAACGCAGUUUUCAGUUGGAGGAGCAGAAGAAGCCCUUUUAAAAAGCAUCUCAGUAAUAAGGAAAACACGAGCUUCUCCCUGUCCUCUCUCUCGUUUAAAAUUCAUGUUUUAAUGUCAAAACCAAAACUACACAUCUAUCGUUCCUGGGGCAGGAAGGAGGGAGAUACAGAGCCAGAAAAGGUAAAUAUUAUGACAGAACGUAUUUAGGAAACAGUAAUGCUAAUACGACGGCUAGUGAAAAUCAGCAAAUAUGAUACUGAAUAUUUAGAGCCGCUAGAGGUUAAUCCUAGUGUAAAGGUUUUCUUCUCGGGGUCUUGACUCCCCUUUGUCCUGCCCCUCUAACUUAGCACACUCAGAGCGGGGUUCAAGUGCCGUUUGAUAGCAUCGUGUUGUCACUGCGUACGUGCUACAGAAAACCCGAAAAUCUGGCCUUAUCCCGUUCAGAUGUUUGAGGAAUUAAAAGAUCUCAUAAGUAUUUAAUUGCUAUCAUGUGUAUUCCAAACAAUUUAUUUGAAAAAUUCCAUCACUUAAUGAAUGUACGUUUGCUGCAGAGCUUUCCUGCCUGUUCUGUUAACACAGUAACAGAACAAAACCAUUCUCUGUGAAAUUAGUGUGUGCGCGUGUGAGAAAUCUUCUCAAGUUCUCAGUCUGCAAACUUUCACUCAGUCAAAAAAUGUUUCUUUGGGGGUGGAUUUAAAUAACUAAAUAAAAUGCAGGAAAUUGCCAGUCCUGUUUUAGCAACUUUACACUUUUUUUUUUAAUUACUUCAUGCUCUGGGGCUAAACUUAAAAGGAAAGGUGAAGUCAAUCAGCACAGCUUAAUUUUGGUUUAGUUUCAGACUGAAACAAUAAACCCCACGCGGUACUGCCAAAAAUUGGCUGGAUUUCGUUGUACAAUUUGGAUGUUUCACAGGAUAUAAAGCUGGCUGUGUUACACCUGGUUUAGUUACAAACGUAUCCCAUUUACCACCAAACCCAGAAUCUAACUAGAGAAUUCUCCUCAUUUUUUUAUCCAUUUCAUCCAAAAAUAAUUUAUUACUUCAACCGAACCAAAAAAAGACAGCUGUCACUGUGAGUGAGUGUCCUAGUGGAACUGGUACUGAGCCAAAUUUAACCAUGAUUUUUACUCAUAUUUUCUUUAAAAUUAGCCAAGGUGCUCGUUAGCUCUGGCCCUGGGCUAUCCCUUUGGGUGACAGGACACAAUCAGUGUGAAGCAGGAACACAAGCAGGACUUUAGGAGCUUUACGGAAAUGCCAGAAAUUGAAAACAAAGCAUUUGGGGUUUUUUCUUCCCCCCCCCCAUAUGUGGCCGAGAGCAGGAUGAUAGGCCACAGGGUAGGUAACUAGUGUGCAAAUGACUAAUAAUCUGAAACUAUUUCUUUGCCCAGGAUUCCCGUUCUGAAAAGUAUGAUGAGCAGCUCUUGGUAGAGGACUUUGCUUGUUCUUGCUGAUCUGAAAGUGCCAAUUUCAUUGCUUUCCCGGCUCCGCAGGCUGGAAUAGUCUUCGACUUAUAAAUACCUAGACUUCCCCAAACAUUUUCUGCACUUUAGUAUUUCAUGCAGCCUGACACAAAAGUUCCUGUUUGCAAUGGGAAAUCAGAAUGGCUGCAAGCAUAUUUAAGACUGAGACAAAAAUACCAGCUGAUUUGGCAGCAAGCUGUCACUGUUUUCAGCAGCACAUGGUUCUAUCUGUGUUUGAAUUAUAUUUCUAGUGACUUGCAGUCCUCCUCCUCAGAAACCUGUUCUUCAUUGGACAAAAUGUCAUGAAUUAAAAAAAAGAUAGGGAACGGCAUCCACAGCAAAGCGAUGGAGUUUUAGUGAGCUGUCGUUGUCUGGGAGACCAGCUACAGUCACUCUCCAGCAGUUAAUUUGUUCUCAGCUUCUCCUCAGACCCAGUUUUAAUUUUCAAACUAGCCUAGGUUAGCUACCACCGCGAAGACCUAAGAACUACCCUGCAGGCGCUGUAACAGAUUCACGUCAUUCCGACGAGCUGUACGUAUUUUCCCCUCUGGUUUUCCAAAUAGAUGUGAGCUACACGCAGCGUAUGCGGUCAAAAGAGCUGCUACGUGGAGCUCAGCCCUUAAAGCUUUUUCUCAGGAAAUGCACGGUUUACUUUCAAGACUUGGGGAGCUUUGAAAAACCUCUGUGUACGGCAACAGCCAACUCUGCCUACUGAGUGCUCGGUAAAGCCUAGAGAGAGGCCCGAAGCUGUCUAGACCGACUUCCUCCAAAGUCCAUCUGAAAGCGCCUUCAGAGCGCAGGGAUCUGGGCUCUACGCCAAAAUCCAAGUUAGAUCCAAAAUCCAGUGCAGUCUAGUGUCCGAGUUUAGGGACUGAAAAGGAGUAAACGUCAAAGUUUCUUACAGCGCCAGAAGAGAAACCGUUCGGGUUUGGGCCUAAGGUGAGGUUUUGAUUUUACGUUGCUCACUAGAGUAUUGUUGUUUUCUGUAUGGGUUUUUUCCUGGUUUUUCUUCACUUUUGCUAAAGCAGCUUCUUUGUUACUGGUCUUGCUUUUGUGACUCUGAAUCAAGAUCUCUGACUUUUUCUAACCUAUUACCGUUUUGCUGCUCUCAUAUUGGUUAAGAGGACUAGUAAUGCCACGAUACUACUUAUUUACCUUUCUCCAUUGGAGUGGGGUUUGAAACAGUAACCAAACUGCUGGCCUACAAGUGCCACAAUCUUCUUUUGCAUCUUUUUUGAAGAGCCCUUCCUUUCCAAGCUUUCCUUUUGUUUAACGCCCGCUGCCUAACAAUGGCACUGGGCUCUCUAUGUAGUAAGGAAUGCUGAGUAACUGCCACCAUCUCACCUUGUCCGUAUUACGCGUUCUUCUACAGGCUCCUCUCACGUUCCAUUUCUGCUCACUCUCUUGUCUAGGCUGAAACCCCCUCGUUUAUUCCAGUUCUUUGAACAUCCUUGCAGCUAUGCUCUGUAUCAUCUCUAGUUCUGUAUCUUUUGGGAGAUGGAGUGACCAAUAACCUGCUUUUCAACAGGAGCGCAGGCUAAAUCACGCAAUUCCUCCAUUUCCUCAGUUUCUUGCUGUUCCCACAUUCAGUAUCAAUCACAGAGGAUUAAGAUCUUGCUAUAGCAGAAAGCCCCGAGAAACACCUGCGAGAGGGAGCAGGAUGCCUGAGAACAGAGUAGCUGAUUUUACUAUGCAAAUUACUCAAGCUAAUACGUCCUGAGCAUCCAGAAAAAUAAAGAUUGUGAGGAAAAACUGGGUAGCUGAAAAAAAAAAAAAAAAGACUGAGGUGACAGAGACGAUGUCAAAAUCAUUUAAAAAAAAAUUACGAAAAGGAAAUUAUUUGUUCUCCAUGAUAACAAUGGAUAUUGGUAGGCAGUCACUGGACAGUAAGAAUUUUGAGUGAAAAAUAGGCUCCGGGUUUUUUUUUCUGUUCCCUUUCCCCCACUGCAGUGUUGACUACCUGACAUGCCUGGUACCCACGCGCCUGUUUUCAGAUGCUCCCUUCCUGUUGUUUUGCAUUAGCAUCACGCAAUGAUAUUAAUAGAACUCAGCGCUUCCACCUAGACAGGCUUAUGCCAGUUCUCCUCCCUUUUUUAUGCACAGUCCUGGUCUGAGAGACGGAAGAAUUAAACCAGUUUUUAGGUAACUGCUUCUGCUACCGUAUAAAUGAGGCAGCAACAUGGAUUUUGUUACCAUUAACAAACAGCUAAACAAUACCGGUAAAAGGUGUUAAAUGUUUGCUUCUUAUUUUCCACAGUAGAAAGCAGCUGACUCGUGCCAGCUCCCCCCCCCCCCCAAGGCUGCUGUAAGUGUGCUUUGCAAUACAGGAUUCUCUCAGAAUGAUAAUUCAGAAUUUGUAUGCAAAUGCUAUAUAGAUAGACAUGUCGAACAUUAUUAGCAACCUUAAAAUUCCAGAAGCACAUUUUUAACAUCUAUAUUAAAAAGAUUUUUUUGAAAUCUGUGUGUGUGUAUAUAUAUAUAUAGCUUUAUAUAUAUAUAUAAUAUAUAAAAAUUUGAUCCAAGACACAGAUGUAAAGGAGCAUCUGAAGCAGGAUUAGAGGCCAAAAAUUAAAAAUUUAUUCCUUUCCUCUGUUUUAUAAAUUAUGACUUUCGAAAAAUAAUUUUUAAAAUCUCUUCACAAACUAGAAAGAAAGAGAAAUGUAAUGUUGCACGCUUAAGAUUCCAUUUAGCUGCCCUGAGUCUGAGAUGGUGAAAUAGCCAUUUUGGUUUUGCAUCACCAAAGAAUCUGCUCCAGUAUAUUUUCAUCUUCCUAAGCACCUUUCCCAGAUAUUUCUGUGCUGCGAGUCAUUUAGGACUAAUAGUUGCAUUUUAAAAAUGACUUACAAUUUUGUCACCAAAAUGGUACACUUCACAGCUCCGCCAGACUGCAGCAUCAUAAAGCUAAUUUACAGUUUUUACAACACCGCUUUUGCAGCCUUACUAGUUUACAUUAAAAUCCUUUAAGCCACAAGGAAAGGAACCCUGCUCUGUAGAUUUAAAUUCAAACUUCAUUUACCAGCGCCAGUCUCAUAAAACUAAGAUGUACUCCCACAAAAAUUUUAUUGGGCUUUUUGUAAUAGAUGAAAAGGUAUCGACACAAGUCUCUUAAAAUACAGGGAACUGGUUUUGUUAUUAUUUUUAUCUCUGGCAACAGCUGGUCCGCUCCUCUCUGGGUGUGCAGAGCUUUCGGCGGGUUGAGAGAGAAGCUUAUUCAGCAUAAAUCACAAUAACAGGGGUCUCGGUGUAGGACUGUGUGGUAUUAACAUCAUACUAAAAGCCCAUUCUUUUUUUUUUUUCCCCACUUGAAAGAUAGUGCUAUAUGAGAGUUGUAAAACAGUCAGUAACUGAUCAAGUCCAGAUAAUAUUUUCCACUACAAAAAAAAAUAUAUAGCUUAUAUACACAGUGAAGCUAAAGUAAGUGAGGAACUGUUGUGGAUUUCUGUUCAUGAUUUGAUCCCCCCAGUCUAUUUCUGCAUAGAUUUCAGCAAGGGCUGCAUUAUUUCUUGGGUGGUAAUUAACCGAGUGGAAAACAGGAAAUCAGUUCUAAGUCCUUAACAACAGUGAAUGAUCACCAGAUCAGCCUUUGUUUUACUGGUUUGAAUUAUACCCAGGAAGUUCUCCCACUUUUUACGCAGCAGUAGAGAUGGUUAGUAUUACUCACUGAGAACCUUGUUCGUGUUAAACCUGCUGAAGAGUGUUUUCUAUGGGUCGUUCAUUUGUGGCACGUGCUUUGGUAGAAUUACUCCCUUGACGCUAUUCCUGCCGCAGAAGAGGCUGGCGGUUUUCUCCGCAGCAGCGUGUGAGAUGGCACAUACAUCCUUUCUUGGAUAUAUAAUGAUUGUCUAGUUAAAAUUACCUAAAGGAUUCCUGAGCAAGUACGGUAACUAAAAAUAACAAGUAUCUAACACACAAUACCUGUAGCAACAAAUAAAACUCAGUAUGCUGGUAAAAGAUCAUGAAUCAUUUUCUAGUAACGCACAGUCUAGCUCUUUUCUCUCAUUGCCAAUACAAGCAUAAAUGGUAGCAAAAAUCUCCUUUCCAACAUGGACAAAAAUAAAUAUAGCACUCUAAGAUUAAAGAAUCACUUAGAGAAUCAUUUGAUAGUAACAGCGUCCGCAAUGCAGGAAACAGAACUGAUGUUCUACUCAUUGCCGCAAGUAAAAGAAAAAUCUGUCAGUGUCCAUGUUCACUGUUCUGUCCAAAAAUAAAGUAAGUGUCUAGGAAUUUGCCACUCUAUUUUUUGUAUUAGAGGUGAAUAGUACAGAUUCUACUAGUGUU